AUGGCUGCCAGUGCUUGUGCAGUCUGUUUCACGCUGCAUAGGAUCAGACCUUUGCCGAUUUCUUUACUCAGAGGAAUUAAUGCGGCACAGUUUGCAAGCAAGGCUGGAAAACCAGAAAGCAAGAAAAAAAGUAAAGGCAAGAGAAAUUUUCGACGCGAUGAGCCAGCUGCGACGGUGGAUUUAAAAAUGCCUUCAGAAUUGAAAGAUAUAUGCAAAGGAGCGAAUUAUUUUAAAGAAGGCGAGGACCCAACCAUUCUAGACGAUAGCCAAUAUCCAGAGUGGUUAUGGGAUUUAGAUAAACCCAAAGCUUCUCUAAGUCAAUUGGAAACUGGUAGUAGAGCCUAUUUCAGAAAGUUGAACAAAAUCAAAAUCAAAUCGGAAAAUCUUAUGAAAAAGCAAACUGGAUUUUAA